GAAGUAAUCCAGGAAAUGACCGAUGGAGGGGUGGACUUCUCCUUUGAAGUAAUUGGUCGCAUUGACACCAUGAUGUCUUCCCUGUUAAGUAGCCAUGCAGCAUGUGGUGUAAGUGUUAUUGUUGGGGUGCCUCCUCAUUCUGAAAGCCUCUCUGUGAAUCCCUUCUUGCUGUUGCUAGGACGCACGUGGAAAGGAGCAAUAUUUGGUGGCUUUAAGAGUAAAGAUUCUGUCCCCAAGCUUGUGGCUGAUUUCAUGGCUAAAAAGUUUCCAUUGGAGCCGUUAAUCACCCAUGUUUUACCUUUUGAGAAAAUCAAUGAGGCGUUUGAGUUGCUUCGCUCUGGAAAGAGUAUCCGGACUGUCCUGACGUUCUGAGACCAUACUGAUGCCUUCCUACUCCUGACCCCUGCACCCCACUGAAUCACGACACCAGCCACAUACAGCGCUAAUGUUCUUCCUUAGAGACACUGCCAAUAAAGUACUCAUGUAAGCUUUG